CAAAUCUUACUAGGACUUUUCCUUGUGAUAACCCUCUGGCUUUUUGCAAAUGACAUGACCACGCGACACUAUACGUUCCCCUGACUUGUACCAGCACGUGCGUCAAUAGGAAAAUUAUACAUAUAAUUAGACAUUACAGGUAGCUCCUUACCAGUUUCGCAGGAAUGGGAAAAGGAGGCACGAAGUUCGUUGGAGAUGCGGUCAGCGUCCGGCGCAAGGCAGCAGUCAAUGAUACUGUCAAGAACAUCAAACGGAACCUUGACAAGUUUCUCGAGACAGGAGUGCAUCCUGAAAUAGAGCGCAUGCGCCAGGAACGGGCCAACCAGUUGCCCGCGCUGCCAGAUCUGGACCUGCACCGGCCCUUUGUGUUCCUGGACAUAGCCGUGGGGGGCAAGCAGCAAGGCCGACUGGUGGUUGAGCUGUUCGACGACAUCGUGCCGGUGGCCGCCAACCACUUCCGGAACAGGUGCCUUCCCGGCUCAUCUGCGGGUCUUACUGGCACCGCCUUCCACAAGCUGCUACCCCGGUACGCCCUGCACGGCGGCCUGCAACGCACCGGCGGCACCAGCGGCAGCAACCGCCCGGGAGCUGGCACCAGCUCUACCUCCGGCGGCGACGGCGGCGGCGUGCGGCUGCAGCCCAACACGCAGCUCCGCGCGGUUGAGGGCGGACUGGUUUUGGUGGCGCUGGAAGGAGAGGACUUUGCAAUAUCCUUGGACAGGGCGCUAGACCUGGACCGGACACAUCAGGUUGUGGGUCGCAUCCACAAGGGCCGUGAGCUGCUGGACGGCCUGGGGGAUUUGCGCACCUUGCCGGACGACUCCCCCGCGCAGAGGGUGGUGGUGCUGAGGGCGGGCGCCACCAACCACCUGGGCAACCACGAGGAGUUGGGAGGGGCGGAGGAGAGGGGAGGGGCAGGAGGGGUACCGCCAAUGGACGCGGCGACGCGGCUGCAGGAACAGUCCGAGGAGGCGCGCUCGGCCCUGAUGGAUGCGCUGAGCGAGGGCCUACAGCGGAAGCGGAAGCCGGACGGCUCAGCAGAGGACGGCAGCGCGGAUGCCGCCGGCCCCUCUACUGCGGCUGCUGACGCGGACGGGGCAGGAGGAGCCCCGGCGGCGGCGGCGCCGCGGCCAGCGCCAGCAACUCGCAGCGUUAAAGCGCGGCUCCUGGAUAGCAUGUUGGGAGACCUAGAGGAUAGCGGGAGUAGCAGCAGCAGUAGUGAUGAAGAUGAAGACGGUGGUGGCGGCAGCUGA